UUCAGAAAAACCUAGAGAUAGGAUGUAUGGAGGAGAGACUCGCUCUCACGCACGAGUCACGCAUUCACAAAACCGCCCGUGACGUCACUUAGCGACUUCUAACGACUUUUGACCGUUAGCAACGGUUAAGGAGGAGAUUCAGGGGACGGAGGAAAGCGGAGGUUAAGCAGCCAGAAAUUUUACGUUGUAUUACUGCAUUUACAACAGCAGCAUGGCCUCGGGAUCAGCGACCGCCGCAGACGCGGAAACCGCUUUCCAGAAGUUUGCAGUCCACGGAGAUCCUCAUGCGACUGGGAGGGAGAUGAAUGGAAAGAACUUUGCCAAGAUGUGCAAAGACUGUCAAAUUAUAGACGGCAAGCACGUCACUUCCACUGAUGUUGAUAUAGUUUUCAGCAAAGUCAAGGCAAAGACCGCUCGUGUCAUCACAUUUGAAGAGUUCAACCAGGCACUGCAUGAGUUGGCUCAAAAGCGAUUCAAAGGCAAGGUCCAAGCGGAGGCUAUUGAGCAUAUGUAUGGUCUCGUUGCUGGGCAGGAUCCUGCCAAUGCUGGAGUCACUAAAAUUUCAAAGGUAGGAGGAGUGGACAGACUGACGGACACAUCCAAGUACACCGGGUCACACAAGGAGCGCUUUGACGAGUCAGGCAAAGGGAAAGGAUUAUCUGGGCGUGAGGAAAUGACAGACGCCAGUGGAUAUGUGUCUGGUUAUAAGGGCAGUGGCACUUAUGACGACAAGGUCAACAAUUGAUGAGCAAAUAAAAAACGUACACAGGCAA